CGAAAAUAAAACACAGAACAAAAAAGCGUCAUAUUAACACAGAUUACUGUCACCAAGGUAAACAAUUUUCAAAGAUGGCACCUGCAAUUCGAUUAGAAGUUUACGGUCUUGUGAAUGAUGUCAAUUUUCAAAGAGCACGAUUUUGCGCAGAGGAUCUUACAAAUAAUAACCCAGAAAUCUUCAAAGACACAAUAACUGAAGGCUUUGUGGAGUUUGAAUGGGAUUUGUACAUUGAUGCAAAGAAGAAGGAGUUGAGAGGAGAAACAUGGACAUUUGAAGAAAAAGCUAUAACAUUUCAAAAUGGGAAGUUGAUAGGAGGUCCUGAAGACUUUCUACGCUGGGCAGCAGAAAAUCAUAAUUAUGAAGAGUACAGACCUCAGCCUUUAUUAGAAAUACUAACAGAGGAACAAUACAAAUCUUGUUUAAAUAACAAAAACCAUGAGUUUGUGUUUAUGGAUAUUUCAAUAGGCUCUGAACCUGCAGGAAGAUUGGUUUUCGAGCUGUUCACAGAUGUUGUUCCAAAAACAUGUGAGAAUUUUAAAGCACUGAUAACUGGAGAGAAAGGCAAAUCAGAGACUUCAGAUUAUAACCUCACAUACAAAAACUCCCUCUUCCACAGAAUAACACGCAAUGGUUGGAUACAGGGUGGAGAUAUUUAUCAUGGGAGAGGAAAUGGUGGAGAAUCUAUUUUUGGACCAGUUUUUGAAGAUGAGAAUUUUGCUGUUCCUCAUUCACGACGAGGUAUACUUGGCAUGGCUAAUAAAGGUCGCCAUACAAACGGAUCACAGUUUUAUAUCACAUUAACCCCUGCCUCAUGGAUGAACACAAAAUAUGUAGCAUUUGGACAAAUUAUUGAAGGUACAGAAACAUUAAAGAAGAUGGAAGAGGUGGAGACAAUGAACGAGAGACCAAAUGCAGACAUUAAAGUCACAAACUGCGGCGUGUGUACAUAUGAAUUCUAACAUCACUGGAAUAAAAAAAAAAACAUAUCGAACAUCUAAAGAAAAAGAAACAUUGUGGUGAUAAACUGAUCAAAACAAUAUAUUUUUGGCGAGUGUGUAAAAAUUGAAGAUAAAGUUUGAUAUAGAAAAUUCGUAAUGAAAUGUGCUUAGUUUAAUAUAUUUAUAUUUUUUGUAAAAAUUGAAAACUUUCUGCUAUUUUAAGACUAAUUUAAGUGAACUUUGAGAAGAUGCAUGAUGUUAUAAAACAAAGACAUGUUAUUAGUAAAAAUAAUGCUGCAAAGUUAAAGCACAACUUUUUUCAACUUGAUUAUUUUUUUUGUGAUAGAAAAUUUAUCACUUUGUUAAGAAUAUUCAGAUUUGAUAUGUAAGUUACAUGUAUAUAUUUAAGAUAAUAAACUUUGUUGAUAAAAAUGUU